AUGGAGGCCCGCUCUCUCACCUCCGUCAACAACCUCGCGGCCAACCCGCCGCAGUAUCCUAUUAACCCGACAGACGAGCGACAAGAUCCCUUGGUCCUCUACAUCUCCCGCGUUCCUGGCACUCGAGAUGUCAUCCUCUCCCCCUUCAAACCCCAGCUCAAAAUCGUCUCCGCCGAAGAUGUCGCCAGCUCGCUCUACUAUAUCCACCUAGAGGCGCCGUCCUCGGAUCUCUCCGCUCCGGCCGCGACUUUUGAUGACGGCUUCCGAUCAUCCAGCGACGAGGGUUCCUCCGCCAGGAACAUUCCCAGAAAGCCCCUCCCCGAGACCGCCAAACCCCUCCCCUCGAGCCGCGAUUUCCUUCCUCUCCCUGGCGACGAGAACCAGAACCCGAGGCGAGCCCGUGGUCACACUGUCAGCUCCUCAUACGAUGCCGGUCGCUCGGCCCCGUCUCGUGAACAAGAGGUUCGAUUCAGCCUCGACGCCCAAGACUCUGACCCAAGGCCGCAGGCUUCGUCUAUACGCCGUACGGCGACUGUAUCUCGGAGACCCCUUGGCCCCAGAACCAUGAGGACUCCUGCCACUCCCAACACCGACAAGCCACUUCCUGCAUACCCUCAGCUAGACGGAGAGCGAGUUCCCGCUCAUGCAUCAGGUCCUCGGAGACAGAGCCACGCGAGUCGGUCUCCGUCACCGAGGAAGCAAGGAGAGACUUCUUUCACCAACCCAUUCACGCUGGCUCUGAUCCGUCGGGAUCCGAGCACCGGAAACCAGUGGAACGUCGGUCAUGUCUCAUCCUACCAGUCGGAAGCACCAGCGGUCGAGCAGGACGAAUUCGGCCCAUUUCUUCCCAAUGUGCCACCAGUCCAGUCUACGACGACUCCUGCCGCAAAUCCUCCGAUCAAUAUCCAAAUCGAGACUUUGGGUUACGGCAGGUUCCGCAAUAUGCCCGUGAGGAAGAGCUUCGAUAAUGGCCCUGGUGAUGGAAUCCCAGCAGACGCAAGGGUUCCCCGAAACGAAGGUGCUGUGCUUUCGAGGCAGGUUCUUAUGAGUUACGCAAAGUCUUGGUCGUCCAAUUGGAAGGAGAAGUGGAACGAACCUCGGUCUGAACAUCGUCGGCAUGGAAGCGUGGCAUCGGUGGACUCAACUGGCUCUACAGAGCUAACCCCUGAACCACAGACUGCUCUGGGACAGCCAGGCCCGGGAAUGAGACCCCGCGGAUAUGUCUUUACCAGUCCGUGGAACGGGAGAUGCGAGUUCCGGACUGGAACCACCGGUCGCAGUGUCCGAUGCUAUCACAUUUUGCACGACGACAAGCCGGCGCUGAAUACUCUAGUCGAUCAAGGAGUUCCCAUUCCUCAGCAGUUGGUAGGAGCGAUGGCCCUCAGUGAGCUGCGCUUCAACCUGCCGAGCGUAGAGCUCUUCAAGUCCCCUGAGGGGCGCGAGGAAGUCAAGUCGCAAGUCCAGGGGCACUUCAACAAGCUCCUUCAGAAGCUUGAUGAGAAAACUAAUAGAAACAACAACAACGACUACGACGACGGCAUGAUAUCGCCGUUCGAUGUGAACCUCGGCAAGGAAAAGGCCGGAGGCGGCAACCGCGGAAAGCGAGCCAAGAUGGGGAAGCUAAUCAUUUACCCCGACGGUCUGAAGAUGCUGGAUUUGGUGGUGGCGGCCAACAUGGGCAUUUGGUGGGGAGCUUGGGAGAAGAGCUUUUAA